AUGCGAUCAAUUGCGGGAAAUGGGUCGAAGCGCCUUGGAGGCAUUUACCGACCCCUGAUCGAAUCCUUCGGCGUCAAAUCGAAGUAUCACACUCGUGAUGCAUCCAAAGACGCACGAAAGAUCAAAAUAGACCUGGACACCUUCACCUCGCCUCUCAAGCUCCUGAUCCAGAAGGACAUCCUGACCAACCUCCUCUUCGGCGGCGUCGUCUACGCCAUCUGGUCCAUGGUGACCUCGAGCACGACAGGCCUGUUCAAGGACCGCUUCCACCUCAACGAGACCAUGAUCGGCCUCGCGUACCUGCCCAACGGCAUCGGCACGAUAGCCGGCUCGGCCGUCGUGGCCAGGCUCAUGACGCGCGACUUCCGCGCCUGCGAGGAGGCGUACAAGGCCGACAACCGCCUCUCGGACGAGUACACCAUCCCCACCAAGGCCGUCCCCGCCGGCUUCCCCAUCGAGCACGCCCGCCUGCGCCACCUGUGGUGGAUCGUGGCGCUCUUCAUCGCGUCCAUCACGGGGUACGGCUUCUCCCUCAGCGCGCCGGCGUCCGUGUCCGGCCGCGCUGGGUACAUCGCCGUGCCCCUCGCCCUGCAGUUCAUCAUCGCCGCGACGAGCAACGCCGUGUUCGCCGCCAACCAGACGCUCGUCUCGGACCUCUGCCCCGGGAAGGGGGCCAGUGCCACGGCGAUGAACAACCUUGUGCGGUGCACCCUCGGCGCCGUGGGCGUUGCCGUUAUUGAUCCCAUGAUUAAGAGGUUGGGGCCAGAGUAUGCGUUUCUGACUUUGGCGAUUGUCAUGGCCUGCUGUGCGCCGCUUGCUGUGUUGACCUGGUUCUUCGGGCAGCGUUGGCGAGGGGAGAGGACCUCCAAGGCCCCAAGGUUAGCGCUCUGUGAGUGA